CGGGCCCGGCGGUGACGCGGCGGAGGUGACGCGCGGGGCGGUGGUACCGGAGCGCUCGGCGCUGUCUCCUUGUCCCCAUCACGGCUCCCGCUCGGCCCCCCCGCGCCGCCAUGUCCGCGCCCGGCAGCGGCGGCGACUUCGGCAACCCGCUCAGGAAGUUCAAGCUCGUGUUCCUGGGCGAGCAGAGCGUUGGGAAGACCUCCCUGAUCACCAGGUUUAUGUAUGACAGUUUUGACAAUACUUACCAGGCAACCAUUGGAAUUGAUUUCCUGUCAAAAACAAUGUAUCUGGAGGACCGCACGGUGCGGCUGCAGCUCUGGGACACGGCGGGGCAGGAGCGCUUCCGCAGCCUCAUCCCCAGCUACAUCCGCGACUCCACCAUCGCCGUCGUGGUCUACGACAUCACAAACUUGAAUUCUUUCCAGCAAACCUCCAAGUGGAUCGAUGACGUUCGGACAGAGCGAGGGAGCGACGUCAUCAUCAUGUUGGUGGGGAACAAAACCGACCUGGCAGACAAGAGGCAAAUCACUACAGAAGAAGGUGAACAGAGAGCCAAAGAGCUGAAUGUGAUGUUUAUUGAGACCAGUGCAAAGACUGGAUACAAUGUGAAACAGCUUUUCCGCCGUGUGGCUGCUGCCUUACCUGGGAUGGACAGCACACCAGAGAAGAGCAAAGAAGACAUGAUUGACAUCAAACUAGAGAAGCCCCCCGAGCAGCCAGUCACGGAGAGCGGGUGCUCCUGCUAACAGCACCUGCCAGCCAUGCCCUGAGAACAUCACUCAUUGCCCAGGCAUCCCUAUGUGGGGCUGGAAAACAGCUCCUGAGAGCGACCUCCCUGUUUACUGGUGGGGAGCAGCCCCGGCCGCCCCUCUCACUGCAUGGUAUGAGCCCUGAGUGCAGAAUGAGUGUCCUGUCUUUUGAGUUUAUUUUUUUAUGUUGUUGCACUUUGGCACCGUGGUGCCCUUUACACUCUCUCUCUCUCUGUCCCUCUCUUCCUCCCCUUCUCCCCCUCCCCUUCUCCCCCUCUUCCCCACCUCGAGCCCACCUGCUCCCCUGUAUCUUGUGAAUGCCAUGGAAAAGCCGCCACAUUAGGGAAGACAAAAAUGAAGCUUUGGGGGUGGGUUUUCCACCUUCCCUACUGCCUUGCAUCCCAGCCAGCUCCCUGCCCUGCCUGUCCUGCAUCCCCACCUCCUCUGGGAAGCCUGCUCCUUUAAACCAGUCCCUUGGACUUGGCCUUGCCUUUUUGGACAGCCCAGGUCACCUGUUCCUAGGCUUUGCUUCCCACAGGGCACACACAACAUUGGCUCCUUGGUUCCUCCUUCCUGGUGAUGAUCCUGGCUAACUCUUGCUCACAACUUCCAAGUUUUGCCCCUCAUGUCACACACAGCACUGGAAAGCCCCAAACUCUGAAAGCUUUGGCCUUGUUGCUCCUGUUUGUGUAGCAGAGACAUCCCACAGCCUGCUCUCCUCAGUUGGAAUCUCUUCCCAUCCAGAGGAUGCUGGUGCUCGGUGAGUGUUGGUGUAGGGAAGGAGGAGGAGGGAACAGAGGCUUUGCAGCAUGAGGCUGGGUGGGGAGAGAUCCUCAGGGAUUCUGAAAGCGAACAGUGACCUGAAAUCCAUCACUGCUGGGGCAAUACCUGCCCUGGCAGUCAUGGAUUUGGCUCAGGCUCCUUUCCUGAUCUGCAUUCUCCUGUUCCUCAUCUCAUAGUUGGGGAACUGCUUCUCGUGGAGCAGGAGAGCCACAGCAGAUGGAAGGGCAGCAUUCCACUGUCAUUCCCAGGUUGCUGCUUGAUGGGAUCCCACCCAGCUGCCUCUGCCUUUGGAGCAGAACUCUGGGAUGGGGCCAGCAGCCCUUUCACUGCUGAGGUGAUUUUAAGCUGCUAAAGCUGAGGGGAGCAGGGAGUGACUGUCAGAGUGGGUGCAGGAAUGGGGGAUUGUCUGCUGCUGAAAGGAAUUCUGGUGUCACUUCCCAACUUUGGAGGUUGGGAAAUGCCUCCUCUCCCCACUGUCCCUGGUUUUCAGAGAUUUUCAGAGAUUUUAGUGGGUUUUUUGGGUCCAUCUGCCCUAACAGAAGUCAGGAGGUUUGUCAGUUGGCAGAGAGGAGAAUUUCACUGUCCUUUCCCCCCCCGGGCUGUGUCACGGGGAGGAUGCUGGUGGCAGGAGAGGGACUGAGCACGGUGUGACCACAGUCCCUCCCCUGCCCUGCCAGGGUGUCCCUGACCCCGUGUGUGGAGCCCGCGGGCCCCGAGGAGGGGAAGGGGCAGCUCGGGCUGGGAUCUGGCAGUCCCUGGGAUGGCAGUUUGUUCCCCUUCCCCUCGGGGUGAGCUGGGCUGCAGGAGGAAGCUGGGCUGUGGUUCCCCAUUCCCUGUGGAGUGUCCCCUGUCCCCCCCUCCCGGCAGUGGCGGUGCCGGGAGGUGGAUCCCUCUCCCUGUCCCUGUACAUACCCGUUGGGAUCGCUGGUGUCGCUGUGUCCCUGUGUGUUGCUGUCCCCCCUCCCGGCGGCCCCGCUGCCCCCCUGUCGUGUUGUUGGAGUGGCGGAGCGGGGAGGGAGGGGGGAGACCCCACUGACGGGGUGGGGGGUAAUUAGUGAAAUGAAUAGUUCCCUUCCCUCUGUCCUCUCUGGUGUGUUCAAUGCCGUGUGUGUCGGCCCCGCUGUCUCGUAGCUGUAGCGAGUACGUGUGACUAUUACUCUGAGUAUGGACUGUCUGACACAGCCCUGUAUCACAACCAAUAAAUAAAGUUAUUUCACCAACA